UCAGCCGAACAUGCCAGGUAUGCCGUAAAGUGACUUUCCGCGUAGCAUACUGACUGGCAAAGGAUUUAUACCAGAGCUGAAGCGAACCACGGGGAAAGCCGUAGGAAUUAGAUUGCAAAUCCGUGUAGGAGUCAAUGUCUCAUUCAUAUAUUAUGGGGGGCGCGCAGACUGAAGGUGUGACUGAAAUGCCAACCGAUCCAGUGAGUGAAAAGUGUUGUUUAUUUAAGCAGAAUUUGCAUAAAAAUCGAAUCAUGAGAAAAGCUAGUGCUACAUUUGUCCUCUGCCUGGAUCCGCCCCAGUGCACACCAACUAGAGGCCACCCAGCGUAACGUUAGUAGCAUCGGAUCAGUGCGAUUUCAAGGCUUUAGGACCUGUCACAGGGGGUGGGAAAGCGAGAAAAAGGCAGCAGUGAUGCGAAGAAAACAUGUAAAGCGAACAUCCUUACACGUCUAAGUGGAGGCAAACAGCGUGGUCGUCUGGCGGCAAUCAGUGGAUCGGAUAAAUUGUUUUCACAGUUCAACCCAAGCACAGGGGGAUGAAGAGAGAACUCUACAUGUGUGCAUAACUGGAGCAUGGAGUAGCUUCGAGUGGCGGUUGUGGAGUGGAAAACGACAGAUUCAGGCAGAAGUAAGGCGAGAGGACAAGUUAGAAAGCGCUAGCCAAUAUUACCCAUUCGACGUCGGACUGGAACGGGACCGCGCCGGUUUCGAUCAGUGAAAAGGCGGCCAACAAUGGAGAUUGUUUACAUGCAAAUUGCAAUGGUGCUCUCGCUGAUAGUAAAAUGUUUGCACGGAUCUCUAUCGACUACCCUGCAAGAAACCAAUUCACAACAACAGCCGGCCGAUCCGGAACCGGAAUUCGAAGGCACAAUCCAGAACGUAACAUUUCCGGCGGGGCGGGAGGCUGUGUUGACCUGCUCGGUGAAAAAUCUAGGCCGCUACAAGGUGGGCUGGUUGAGAGCAUCGGACCAGACGGUGCUGGCAUUGCAGGGCCGCGUAGUGACACACAAUGCCCGGAUCAGCGUGGUGCACGAAGACAUGCGAACGUGGCGCCUGCGGAUACGGCAACUCCGCGAAUCGGACCGGGGCUGCUAUAUGUGUCAGAUCAACGCCAGUCCCAUGAAGAAGCAAAUCGGAUGCAUCGAUGUGCAAGUCCCUCCGGACAUUAUUAACGAAGAGUCGUCGGCAGAUAUUGCCGUACAGGAAGGAGAGGAUGCCACUAUUGUGUGCAAAGCGGUUGGCCAUCCCACGCCCCGGGUCACCUGGAAACGAGAGGACGGUGAAUAUAUGCUGCUUCGAAAACCACAGAGCCGGGAGCUGAUAAAAGUGGAAGCUUACAACGGCACCCAUUUGCACCUACCGAAGCUGGAACGAAGGCAAAUGGGAGCGUACCUGUGCAUUGCAUCGAACGAUGUACCGCCUGCCGUUAGUAAACGAGUUUCACUCAGUGUGCACUUUGCGCCCUCGGUGCGUCCAACAAGUCAGCUCCUCGGAGCCCCCCUGGGCUCGGACGUGCAAUUGGAGUGCUCGGUGGAAGCGUCGCCCAUGCCGGUGUCAUACUGGCUGAAAGGUGGACGCGUACUGCCCACCAACUUUGCCGGCAUCACCAACGGCAACUACGAAGCGGGCCAAGCGAGACCGGAAAUGCUGCUCGAUGGGCCUAAAUACGGAAUCACCGAAGAGCGGCACGGAUUCCGGACGAAUAUGCGCCUGGUGGUGCGAUUUUUUUCGCCAAAUGACGUCGGUACCUACCAUUGCGUUAGUACCAACUCGCUGGGGAGGGCCGACGGUACGAUGAGACUGUACGAAAUCAAAAUUCAUCCGGGUGGAGUGCAAACAAGCGACGAUCAAUUAAAUAUAAUUGGAGGUCUUGCGGAAGCAGCCCGAGGUCGAGGAAACUCGAGUGCCAAUUCAUUAGUGACCAGCAGCAAACCGCUGCAUCUCAUCCUUCUGUCGGUGCUGACUGCCCUUGUCUACUGCAGGAGAUGACAGCAACACAUUUGCUGGGAUAACCCCACGCUUCGCCCUCCAGCUCUGGUGACAGCCCCGUUGGCUUCGAGUUCACCGUCGAUGGCUUCAUUAGCAUAAGCACAUCCUCGGCCACUACUGGAGGGGUGGUGGUAUGGGUGGGGGUGGGUACCCGGCAGCCGGAUGCCACUUGAGGCGACAAUGCAAGAGCAAAUGGCCAAAAAGAGAAUAAAAACCGUCGACUAAAUAAUACAGUCGAUUGCGAAUGAAUGCGAAGCGGGUGUUUGAGUAUUCGAGUGUUGCAGUGUAGAAUGCAUAUCCGUAGUGGUAGGGAAACUUUUGAAACAAUAAUGGUGGAAUAAUGAAAUAGGAUAAUAUCGAUUCAUGAUAGCUAAAUGAUUUCAAGUGAAAAUCUAUUCUCCUUCUCUGUGCAUAAAAGCUAAACGAGACAAACGAACGAAUUGCUGCUUGUAGUAGAUCGAACGAUCGUAAUCUGUGAGAUCGCUUGUAUAUUUUCUAGUGAAGUAAGUGAAUACCAUACACACACGAGAACAUCACACUCUAUUGCUGCGCUUGUAUAACCAUAUCUACAUAGGAAUCUCAUGCACAUCAACGAAAAAUCGAGGUGAAGGGAGAGAAUGUUUAAGUAAAAAUCAUCAAGCAUAAUCAGCUGGAAAUGGUAGACUGAAAAUUAAGUGUGGCGUACUAAAAGAGGAAAGUCAAACAAGAGGGUUUUAAAGGAUUAUAAAAUUGCUUCGCCGGGAAACGAGAGACAAGGGCAGUGCAAGCUUUUAUCCUAUGCAGUUCUCCCAAAGCCCUGCCGUCAUCAGCAUGAUGAAGCGUUAGUCUUAUAUAGCUAUAUAUGGAAAUUUUUAAAGCUUUAUAAUGGCGCUGAAUGAUGAAACUCUGAAUCAACUUUGAUUAUAAUGCAUCCAUCAAAAUGCGAUAAAGUUUGUUAUUGCUAGGAAGAGGAUAAGCAAGCACGCUCGGAAGAUGCAUACAUGCGAGUGAAGGCGAAAUGACGUUCGUUAAGCAUGGGAGAAACCGGAAAAUUGUUUUGCCUUGGCGUGAGGGCCUGGUGAAAAUGCUUGAUCUGCAGGUUGGCGCGGCACAGGGGAGGCGCAAGAGCUUAGCUUGAAUGAAGAUGCAAACUGAUUUGCUUUUAUUUGCAUGGAAAAAUUCAGUUUGCGUAUGAAGGAAACAUCAUAAGUUGUUCCAUUUUUGGUUGAUGCACGAGUAUUUGAAUUUUUAAUUACUUGAUAUAUUUCUGAAUUUAUUUGGUGAACCAGUUUAUCUUGAGGCGAUCAAUUCCAAAACUUGAAACAUUAAUUGGAACAUUUUAGAAUUUUCCUAUUUAUUACGCGUUGCAAAAAAAAAACUUAAGACCCAUUAAGGUGCCAUAAGACUGUUUGUCGUAAUUCCAAAUAUUUGUCAUUGUAGUCCGAGAAGAAGAGAAGAAUAUUUCAUAAGGCACAUCGCAUAACUUUGAGGAAAUCAUGUUAAAAAAAAUCGAGUUAAAUAAAAUUGCGUAAAAAAAAACGCAGUGUAUGUAAAUUUUUCCGAGGAAUUUCCACAUGCACUUCUCCAUGAUUUUCUUCAGGGUAUCGUUCAGGAAUUCCUUCAGGAAUUAAUCAAGAGAUUUCUCGAGAAACUUUUGCAACGAUAGCUCGGAAGUUAAUCUACGAGUUUCUCAAGAGAAUUAUUCACGGAUUCCUUCAAGAAUUUCCUUCAAGAAAUUGUUCAAGGAUUUCUCCAGGAAUUCCUUCAGGCGUUCCUCCUAGGGAUUAUUCAGGGAUUUUUCCACGAGUUUCAUCAUGGAUUCCUCCAGCAGUUUAUUCAUAAAUUCCUUUAAGCAUUUCAAACUCUCCUUCAUAAAUUCUCCGAGGGAUUCCUUCAGGAAUUACUUCGCGGAUUCCUCUAGCAAUUUCUUCAGGAAUUUCUCCAGUAUAUUCUUCAUAGAUUCUUCCAGGGAUUGCUCCAGGUUUAUCCAUAAAACUCAAGAAAUUAUUUAAAGGAUUUCACCAAGAGUUUUGUCAGAUUUCUCCCCAAACUUCAGAAGAGAUUCCUUAUGGAAUUUGUUCAGAGGCCUCUUAAUGAUUUAUAGGGAUUCCUUAAUUUUUUUGCAGGGAUAUUCCAAAAAUGUCUUCAAGGAUUUCUCUAGAAGUUUCUCCGGGGAUUUCUCAAGGAAUUUCUUCAGGUAACCCUCAGAAAUUUCUUCAUGAGUUUAUUCAGCGCUUUCUCCAGAAGUUUC